AUGGCCAUCCCGCCCCUGCUGCUGCUGCUGCCGCUGCUGCUGCGGGGGUCGGCCGCGCCCCCCGCACCCCCCAGGGCCCCGCGGCACUCGGAUGGGACGUUCACCAGCGAGCUCAGCCGCCUGCGGGACAGCGCGCGGCUGCAGCGGCUGCUCCAGGGCCUGGUGGGGAAGCGCAGCGAGCAGGACACAGAGAACAGCACGAGCCGGACCACGCCGGCGGAGGGCCGCCUCUGCCUGCACUGGCCCGGCACGUCCACCCUGCAAGCCUGGAUGCCACUGAGGGACCCCCUGGAUCAGGCCUGGUCUCCCCAGCUGCCUCCUGGAUCCGGGUCUGGGGCCACAUUUUCAGAGCCAGCCGUCCCUGCUGCGGAGGUGACACAGAAGACGUCCUGA